AUGGCCCGGCUACACCAAUCUACUCGCUACAGGCGGCAAAGACCAUCCUGCGCCUCUCUCCUCGCCAUAUUCGCCACAGCAGCAUGGGCGCAAGACUCGAAACGCGGUUUUGCGUUCAUAGGCGACUCGCAUGUACCAGACAACCACCUACUUACUUCCGAUAACUCGCCAAUUUCAUGGUACUACAACUGGUCUCCAUAUCCAAACAGCGACCUUAUCCCGACGGAUAGCCUAGAGUUCGUCCCUAUGAUUCAUGGCAUAGAUGCCACUGAAGACAGCCAAACCGAACGUGUCAUACGAAGCUCGCCGGAAAGCAGCAAGCACCUUCUAUCCUUCAACGAACCAGACGGUACCGAAGAAAGUGGUGGUAGCAGCAUAAGUCCCGAAGACGCCGCGAAAGCAUACAUCGACUUCGUUGUCCCCUUCCGGAAUGGUAACAGUGGGGGCAGGAACUGGUUGAUCAGCCACCCAAGUACCACGGGUAGUCCAAACGGUCUCGAUUGGUUACGACGCUUCAAUGAGUCUUGUUAUGAAAUCGAUUCUGAAAACGGAUGCCCAACGGACUUUGUUGCUGUACAUUGGUAUGGUGCUUUUGACGGUUUGGCAGGCUGGUUAGGUACCCUGGACGAAUUCUACAACACAAAUUCAACAAGAGAUCAGCCGCUGAAACUCUGGGUUACCGAGAUGGCGCUCCCACAACAAGACGAGGAGAAUACUGUGGGCAUGAUGAAUCAGACACUGCCAUAUCUUGACCAACUGGAUUACGUUGAACGAUACUCGUGGUUCGGUGCUUUCAGAACAGACGAUGCAAACGAAUGGACCGGCGAUGGCGUGGCGCUGUUCGAUGAUGAUGGCGGCUUGACCGAGCUUGGCGCUCUAUACUUGGGUGAUGGAUUUGAGGAAGGACAGAAGGGUGAGGGUGCAGAGGAUGCGGCGAGUGGACUGAGGGUCAGUGCAGGGCUGAUGGCCGCUUUGUCUUUGUGCGCGACUGUAUUUGCUAUGCUGUAA